CGUCGGGGACCUGUGACCCCCCCUCCCCCGUCCCAGCUCCCCAGGGUGGCGCCCGGAGCCACCCGCUCCCCCCCGCCGACCGUGAAGACAAAUCUGUGCGUUUCUCACUGAGGCCGAGCUAGGAUCCUGGGACUCGGGUCUGGGUGCUCCUGCUCCGCUUUUGGCCGUGUCUCGUCCCCCGGCCGUCCCCAAACAGGAAGUCCUUCUCCCGAGAGACGCCCAGGACCGGGCCGCUGUUUCCGCGCGGGGCUCCGCGGAGGGCUGGAGGCCGCGGCCCGGCGGGGUCCCCACCGCACCCCACCUGGCGAGCCGGGGGCUGGGCUGGCCGCGCCCCCCACCCGCACCCCCCUGCGGCCUCGGGUGGGGGGAGGCCCCGAGCCAGAUCCGCCCGGGCCUUAGUGACUCUGGGCGCUUGUGCUUUUCCCUGGAAGAAGAGCCUAUCUGUGAUUUCCGGGCUUUUGGACUGAGCGGCACGGUUCUCAUUUCCAGCCGCUGGAGGGUCCCACUCCCUGAGCUACCUCUUCAUGGGCGCCUCAGUGCCAGACCUUGGGCUGCCCCUGUUCGAGGCCUUGGGCUACGUGGACGACCAGCUGUUCGUGUCCUACAAUCACGAGAGUCGCAGGGCGGAGCCCCGCGCCCAGUGGCUCGAGGAUGGGGCCCCCAGCCAGCUGUGGCUACAGCUGAGUCAGAGCCUGAAAGGGUGGGAUCACAUGUUCAUCGUGGACUUCUGGACCAUCAUGGACAACCACAACCACAGCAAGGUAACAAAGCUCGGGGUGUCGUCAGAGUCCCACACGCUGCAAGUGAUCCUGGGCUGUGAGGUGCGAGAGGACAACAGCACCAGGGGCUUCUGGAACUACGGCUACGACGGGCAGAACUACCUUGAAUUCCGCCCUGAAACGCUGGACUGGAGGGCUGCAGAGCCCAGGGCCUGGGCCACGAAGCUGGAGUGGGAAGUGAACGCGAUUCGGGCCAAACAGAACAGGGCCUACCUGGAGAGGGACUGUCCUGUGCAGCUGCAGAGUUUGCUGGCGCUGGGGACAGGGGUUCUGGACCGGCAAGUGCCUCCCUUGCUGAAGAUGACUCAUCAUGUGGCCUCUGCAGUGACCACUCUACGGUGUCAGGCUCUGAACUUCUACCCCCAGAACAUCACCAUGAGGUGGCUGAAGGACAGGAGGCCACUGGAGGCCAAGGACGUUGAGCCUCAGGACGUGCUGCCCAACGGGGACGGGACCUACCAGGGCUGGUUGGCCGUGGCCGUGCCUCCCGGGGAAGAGCACAGAUACACCUGCCUGGUGGAGCACCCGGGGCUAAACCAGCCCCUCGCUGCCACGUGGGAGCCGUCGGUGCCCAGCACCCUGGUCAUUGGAGCCAUCAGUGGGAUCGCUGUUUGUGUCAUCCUCUUUGUUAUUGGAGUUCUGUUCCGAAUCUUCAGGAAAAGGCAGGCUUCGAGAGGAGCCAUGGGGGACUACGUGUUGGCCGAAUGUGAGUGACAGGCAGCCUGGGACCUCUCGUGGGAGGAGACGUGGAGACUGAAAGAGAGGGCGCCCUGGGGCCUUCUUUGCUUCCAGGACUGAGUCGGACCUAACAAGUAGGAAGCCACCGAGGAACUCUCUGCUUGCGGCCUUCCCCGUUCAUUCUC